AGAAACUCCUCUCAUUGCGUAUAGUUUCUUUCGCUCUCUCUUUCUCGAAUCUCUCUUCGAAGCAGCUUAGGAUAAAAACUAAUAAGAAGAAGGAAAAAGCUUUUCAGUUUUGGGGGAACCCAUUAACGAUGGAAGGUUGGAAAAAAGUAGAGGAACUAGGAACAGGGUCAUUCGGCUCUGUUUCCAUGGCCAUCGAUUCUUCGAUAUCUAUGAAGGUGGCAGUGAAAACGGCACGAUCUAAUUCCCAAUCUUCAGUACUAAUAAAAGAAGGCAAAUUCUUACGCCAAUUGAAUGGGAUUCCCAACAUCGUUAGGUGUUUUGGGAAUGAUAUCAGCAUUAAAGAUAACCAGGCAGUUUACAGUCUUCUCCUUGAAUAUGCAGAGGGAGGAAAUCUUCGUGAAUUGAUAAAUGACAGAUUCAAUAAAGGGAAAAGAAUCCCGGAAACCCAAAUUGCAUAUUAUGCAAGCAUGUUGCUUAAAGGGCUUGCCCAGAUUCACUCUCAGGGGAUUGUCCAUUGCGACUUGAAACCGGCUAACAUUCUCCUGUUUCCGGACUCUAAUAGAUUAUGCCAACUUAAAAUCGGAGAUUUUGGGAGUGCGAGACGGAUCUCACAGGAUGAAGAAGAGAUUUGGGUUUCGGAUUCGGAUUCAGGAGAUGGAACUAAAAGUCUCAGCAGGACAACUCUGCUUUAUGCAUCACCAGAAUCAGUGGCUUAUGGGCUACAUGGGACUUCUACAGAUAUCUGGUCUUUUGGGUGUGUUGUGGCUGAGAUGAUUACUGGGGAAUCUAUCUGGGAUUAUGAAGACGAGCAGGAUUUGAUUGAUCAGAUAUCACAUGGGACUAUUGUUGAUAGAUUACCGGAAAAUUUUCCUGACAACGGAGUUGAUUUCUUGAAUAGGUGUUUGUUGAGAUGUCCAGAAGAAAGGUGGUCUGCAUUGGAGUUAUUGGAUCAUCCGUUUAUCGUCGAAAACUUAAAAAUCAUGUCUGAAACUCACUAUGUGGAUGUGCUGAACCGAUUAGAGGAGAAACAGAAGAAGAAUUGCUCCCAGAUCAAUCCUUUUGGAAUGUCUGAGUGGGUUUCAACUAAACAUCUUUUCACGCCCAAAUGGAUGAUUGAGGCUCUUGAAAAGCAAGAUGAUGAUGAUGAAGAAGUUGAGGCUCCAGUAAAACAAGAUGAUGGACUUCUUCUUCUGACAAAAUCAAACCCAAGAGGCUUCAGAAAGUCCAUCUCUUUCAUUGUGGCGAGAAUGAAGAAGUGUAAAGAGUAAAAUAAGUUGCGAAUCUGUGUAGUUGAAUUUUGCAAAGGUAUUCCGGCAAAAUUGUGGGAAUUUUCUUUUCGUGUACUUCUAAUGCAGAUCAAUUUGUAAGCAGAUCAUUCUAAUCGCAAUUGGUUGGUUCUUUUGAUAAAAUGCUGGUAGGGUUAUUAAGAUUAGUGUUCAUUCCAGGAAUGUACAUCAAAG